AUGGCACCAAGUGUUGUAGAGGUGUCGGCUCUAGCUGUACCACCAGAGAAGAUCUCGAAUUUGAUCCAGCUUACCCAAGACUACCACGAUACUAUUCGAUUCUAUCUCAACGGAACUAAGGUCGUGUUGGACGAUGUCGAUCCCGAGUUGACUCUUUUAGAGUAUCUCAGAGGAAUUGGCUUGACGGGCACAAAGCUCGGUUGCGCGGAAGGGGGCUGUGGUGCUUGUACCGUGGUUGUCUCGCAAAUCAAUCCAACUACCAAGAAGCUAUACCAUGCCUCCGUGAACGCUUGUCUUGCGCCUGUCAUUAGUGUUGAUGGAAAGCAUGUUAUAACCGUGGAGGGAAUUGGCGAUGUUAAAAAACCCCAUCCUGCUCAACAGCGAAUUGCUGUCGGUAAUGGAAGUCAAUGUGGUUUCUGUACCCCGGGAAUCGUAAUGAGUUUAUAUGCGUUACUUCGCAACAACCCGGAGCCUUCAUCUCACGACGUCGAGGAGGCAUUUGAUGGCAAUCUUUGCCGCUGCACUGGAUACCGUCCCAUCCUAGACGCUGCCCACAGCUUCUCGGUUGCAAGUGGGUGUAAAAAGGCCGAAGGAAAUGGUGGCACGGGGUGUUGUAUGGAAAAGAAGAAUGGAGCUGGCGGCUGCUGCAAGUCCAAUAGGGCAUUCGAAACCAACGAUGAUGUCCAAGGGGUAGAGUUACGAUUACCAAAACCAGACUUUAUCCCUUAUAAUCCAGAAACCGAGUUAAUAUUUCCGCCUGCAUUGAGAAAACAUGAUUUUAGAGCUCUUGCAGUGGGUAACAAGAAGAAAAGAUGGUACCGACCAGUAAACCUCCAGCAAUUAUUGGAGAUCAAAAAUGCCUAUCCAUCUGCGAAACUCAUCGGUGGAAGUACAGAAACACAAAUCGAGAUCAAAUUCAAAGCGAUGCGGUAUGACCCGUCGGUUUAUGUCGGUGAUAUCGCUGAGUUAAAACAAUACACCCUGAAAGAAGAUUAUUUGGAGCUAGGUGCAAAUGUGUCCUUGACAGACUUGGAGAACAUCUGCGACGAGGCAAUAGAAAAGUAUGGGAAAGCUAGAGGACAGCCAUUUGCCGCAAUCCAGAAGCAACUGCGUUAUUUCGCUGGACGCCAGAUUCGAAACGUUGCCUCGCCAGCUGGAAAUCUAGCCACUGCUUCUCCCAUCUCAGAUCUUAACCCCGUUUUUGUGGCUUCAAAUACCAUACUGGUUGCUAAGUGUCUAUCAGGGGAAACCGAGAUUCCAAUGACACAAUUCUUCAAGGGAUAUCGCAAAACUGCUCUCCCCGCAGAUGCUAUAAUUGCUAGUUUACGUAUUCCGGUUGCCCAAAAGGGCGAACAUUUCAGAGCUUACAAACAAUCGAAGCGGAAAGACGAUGACAUUGCUAUUGUUAAUGCUGCUUUAAGAAUCUCGCUUUCAGAGACCAAUGAUGUCCUAAGUGCUAAUCUUGUUUACGGUGGCAUGGCACCAAUGACUGUUUCAGCAACCAAUGCGGAACAGUACAUCAUUGGCAAGAGGCUCACCGAUCCACAAAGUUUGGAAGGCGUUAUGAAUGCACUGGAGAAAGAUUUUGACCUGAGUUUUGGCGUUCCAGGAGGCAUGGCCACGUAUCGGAAAACAUUGGCAUUGGGUUUCUUUUAUCGCUUUUAUCAUGAGACCCUUUCCACCCUGGAUGUGGCAGAAGCGAAUAAAUAUCAAGACAUAACUGAUGAAAUUGAGAGGAAUAUCUCAACAGGUCAGAAGGAUCACCAGGCAUCUGAUGCCUAUAUGCAAGAAGUUGUCGGAAAGUCAGGAAACCAUCUCUCGGCUUUGAAGCAAUGUACUGGAGAGGCGCAAUACACAGACGAUAUACCGGUACAGAAGAACGAACUUUACGGAUGUUUGGUUCUUUCUACAAAGGCUCGAGCUAAAGUGUUGAGAGUGGAUACUGAAGCAGCUCUUGAUAUGCCUGGCGUGUACGACUACGUUGAUCACCGAGAUCUUCCAUCUUCCGCGGCGAACUGGUGGGGCGCGCCGAAGAGCGACGAGCAAUUCUUUGCAGUUGAUGAUGUAUUUACAGCUGGCCAACCCAUCGGAAUGGUUCUUGCCACCUCUGCCAAGGCUGCGGAAGAGGCUUCACGAAUGGUAAAGGUCGAAUAUGAAGAAUUGCCGGCUAUACUCACGAUUGAAGAAGCUAUAGAAGCAGAUUCCUACUUUGACCAUUUCCCACACAUCAAGAAUGGAGAUGUCGAGACGGGGUUCAAGGAAGCCGAUCACAUCUUCACUGGUGUGUCAAGAAUGGGUGGUCAGGAACACUUUUACCUGGAAACCCAGGCAUGCGUUGUGAUCCCGAAGCCGGAAGAUGGAGAGAUUGAAGUGUUUAGUUGCACUCAGAAUCCAACAGAGACACAAACGUAUGUUGCACAAGUGACCGGCGUCCAGGCAAACAAAGUUGUCAUCCGAGUAAAGAGACUCGGUGGAGGUUUCGGUGGAAAGGAAACUCGGUCUAUUCAACUUGCCGGUAUCUGUGCUACGGCUGCCCAUAAAACUAGAAGACCAGUUCGGUGUAUGCUGAAUCGAGAUGAGGACAUAAUAACAUCCGGACAGCGUCAUCCCUUCCUCUGCCGAUGGAAAGUGGGCGUUACUAAGGAAGGAAAAAUCCUUGCCUUUGAUGCAGACGUGUUUGCAAAUGCUGGCCACACUCAAGACUUGUCGAGUGCCGUAGUUCAAAGAUCGUUAUCCCAUAUCGAUGGAGUAUAUAGAAUCCCAAAUAUGCAUGUACGGGGGUGGCUAUGCAAGACGAAUACAGUCUCCAAUACCGCUUUCCGAGGAUUUGGCGGGCCGCAGGGAAUGUUCAUGUGUGAGUCUAUGAUGGAAGAAGUCGCUGACCACAUCGGCAUGUCUUCCGAUGAACUACGUACAUUAAACAUGUACGAACCUGGGGAUAAGACACACUUCAACCAGGAGUUGAAGGACUUCUUUGUUCCGCUCAUGUACAAACAAGUAAAGGAGGAGAGCUCUUACAUGGAGCGAAGAAAGGCGGUGGACGAAUAUAACAAAACCCACAAGUGGUCGAAACGAGGAUUAUCUAUCAUCCCCACUAAGUUUGGUAUUUCGUUCACGGCUCUGUUUCUCAACCAGGCGGGCGCCUUGGUGCAUGUUUACCAUGAUGGAAGUGUUUUAGUCGCCCAUGGUGGUACUGAAAUGGGCCAGGGUCUUCACACAAAAAUGAGCAUGGUUGCAGCUCAGGCAUUGCGAGUUCCUCUUACAGAUAUCCAUAUAUCUGAGACUGGUACAAAUACAGUAGCGAACACCUCUUCUACGGCUGCAUCUGCAAGCUCUGACCUUAACGGCUAUGCCAUUUAUAAUGCAUGCGAGCAGAUAAAUGAACGCCUCCGACCAUAUCGCGAAAAGAUGCCAAAUGCAUCGAUGAAAGAACUCGCUCAUGCCGCCUAUUUCGAUCGUAUUAACCUAUCAGCAAAUGGUUACUACCGUACGCCAGAUAUUGGUUAUGUCUGGGGUGAGAACAAGGGUCAAAUGUUCUACUAUUUCACUCAAGGAGUCACUGCUGUAGAGGUGCAAAUAGACACAUUGACCGGCGACUGGACUCCAUUGAGAGCUGAUAUCAAAAUGGAUGUCGGGCGAAGCAUCAACCCUUCUAUUGACUACGGUCAAAUAGAAGGCGCCUUCAUUCAAGGGCAAGGUCUCUUUACAACAGAGGAAAGUCUCUGGCAUCGUGCCUCUGGGCAAAUAUUCACCAAAGGGCCGGGCGCUUACAAAAUCCCUGGUUUCCGAGAUAUUCCGCAGAUAUUCAACGUCUCUCUUCUUAAGGACGUCAACUGGGAAAACCUGCGGACAAUUCAGCGGUCUCGUGGUGUGGGCGAACCUCCACUAUUCAUGGGUAGUGCAGUCUUUUUCGCAAUUCGAGAUGCCCUCAAAGCAGCUAGAGCUGAAUGGGGGGUUUCGGAUGUCUUGCAGUUGCAAAGCCCUGCAACUCCAGAGCGUAUCAGGGUUAGUUGUGCGGACCCUAUUGUUGAGAGGGCUAGGGUUUCCCCAAGAGAGGGAGAAAAGAGUUUCUUUGUAGCUAUUUGA